UGGGUGGGUGGGGGACUGCUGCUGGUAAGCAGGCAGCCGCGGAGAGAGAGAAGAUUAGAAAUGCCAGAACGAAUGUAACUGAUGAUUAACUCUUGAAUCCAGGCCCUUUUAAAAAAUACCCCUUUGCACCACUAACUGCAUUUUGAAGAGUUCAGAAUACGUAGAAGGUAGGAGAGCCAGCAUUCAAAUUGACUAUGGCCAUACCAAUCACAGUGCUUGACUGUGACCUCCUGCUCUAUGGCAGAGGUCACCGGACACUGGACCGCUUUAAGUUGGAUGAUGUCACUGAUGAAUACUUGAUGUCCAUGUAUGGCUUUCCACGACAGUUCAUCUAUUACUUAGUCGAGCUCUUGGGGCCUAGUCUUUGUAGACCUACCCAGCGAUCCAGGGCAAUUAGCCCAGAGACACAGAUCCUUGCAGCCUUGGGCUUUUAUACCUCAGGUUCCUUCCAGACUCGCAUGGGAGAUGCUAUUGGGAUCAGUCAGGCCUCUAUGAGUCGCUGUGUUGCCAAUGUCACUGAAGCGCUUGUGGAAAGAGCCUCCCAGUUCAUUCACUUCCCAGCUGACGAAGCCUCCAAGCAGGCUCUGAAGGAUGAAUUCUACGGGUUGGCGGGCAUGCCAGGAGUGAUAGGAGUGCUCGAUUGUAUCCAUGUGGCAAUCAAGGCACCAAAUGCUGAAGACCUCUCCUAUGUGAACCGCAAAGGCCUGCAUUCUUUGAACUGCCUGCUAGUGUGCAACCUCAGAGGGUCGCUCAUGACUGUGGAGACCAACUGGCCAGGCAGCCUACAGGACUGUGCUGUGCUGCAGCGGUCAUCUCUGUGCAGCCAGUUUGAAGCUGGGCUGCACAAAGAUAGCUGGCUACUAGGUGACAGUUCCUUCUUCCUCCGCACCUGGCUCAUGACCCCACUUCACAUUCCUAAAACACCAGCCGAAUAUCGCUACAAUAUGGCCCAUUCUGCCACUCACAGUGUGAUUGAGAAGACUUACCGGACCCUCUGCUCCCACUUCCGCUGCCUGGAUGGCUCCCAGGGGGCCCUGCAGUACUCGCCCGAGAAGUCCAGCCACAUCAUCUUGGCUUGCUGCGUGCUCCACAACAUCUCCCUGGAGCACGGGAUGUAUGUGUGGGCUUCCCCACUGACGGGCCCCGGGGAACAGCCCCCAGAGGACGAGUAUGAGCACCUGGAAUCACUGGACUUAGAGGCUGACCAGAUCCGCCAGGAGCUGCUGCUCACUCACUUCAGUAAUGUGGAAGAUGGGGAGAAGGGAGACUUUCCAGAAGUUGUGACAAACUUUCACCCUCACCACCACCUACACAGCUCCAUCAUCUAGCACGACCGAGUGUGGGGACUCUUGUCAUACACUAACAUUUAAUUCGAGUUUUAGGAGGAGUGGGCUGUGCCAGAAUGUCUGGAUUCAUUUGUAAAUGUAUUAGCUAGCCCCCAACUAAGACUACAGUUCCCUGCCAUGCAGUGGACUUCAGGUUGGGCACUACCCAUCAGAAAGCUCACUGGCCAAAAACAUUUAUGAUUAUGCCCACAAAAUCAAGUAGAAGGGAAAGCAGCAUAUAGUUAAAACCUUUUUCUUUUAAUGUUCUGUUCGUUCUUGCAAAUGAAAACCAUAUUUGUCUUGAAUUAUAUGGACAGUAUUUUCAUUUUUGUACUUUGUUGCCCAUAUGGUAUGUUAUAAUCAAAGACAAAUGUGAAGAGUCCAUUUAAGUUGGCAAAUGACCUUUUUGACAGUACGUGGCUGCCACACAAAGUUUGAAGCUCUGUUUUGAAGUGAAGGUUAGGGCUUAUCUGAGACCUCCAUCUUUAGCCUGUCUGCAAUAAUUGCACUGUGAUUUUGGCUUGAUUCCUAGGGAGAAGGUCUAGUCUCCAACCUCCUGUUUGCAACUUGGAGUAGGAACCAAAGACUGAGUUCAAAACCCCAAUCAGCUUAAGAAAGAUGAUUCAAAUCAUAUAGAUAUAGAUAAAAUAGCAAGUUUACCCUUUACAAGGGAUCUUAAAGUCCCAAAUUGGUUAAUGGGCAAAUGAGACUCACUCAGGGAUAGACAAUUUACAUCUGAAUCAAUCUUAUUUCUUAUGAUCACCACAUUAGAAUGUCUCUUUAGCCAUUCUAGUUCGGAAUUCCUAGUCCAGAAGAGAGAGGGGAAAAAGAGGUGGAUGAAAGAAUUUAAAGGAAGAGGUCAAAGUAAUAGUUUCUUGGUAUGAAAAGACCUCUGGAGUUAGGCCCUACUCGGAUCUCUUGUGUACUUGUAUGAAAUGACGCACAAACUUUCCCAAGAAAUAAGUAAUCCCCCACUGAGUCUUGUUCUAAAAUUACAUUGGUAUAAAAAUAACCCAAUUGGAAUAAUGAAAGUGUGAAUUAAGUUCACACAUUGGUGCCUCUGCUACAAAGAAAGGGAGACUUUCCUGAGGAUUGUCUUGUCUCCGGUUUCACGGCCGCCCACCACGUGAUACCUCUGAACUGGCCCCUCGGAUCAUUUCCUACCUGCUGUCGGCAGUGCUAAUCCAGUGAUUUUCAAAGCAAAGAAAUGAACAGCUGAUGACAGCAGAAAUUUGGAAAUAAAUGGAGGGUGACUCAUCCUCUGGAUUAAAAACAACGAUGGAUGAUUA